CAGGAAAAUAAAAUUAAUUUCUUGUACAUCGUAGGAAGUCAAGGAAGUAUUAAAAGCCAACCUUAAACCAGGGAGAGCUAACUAGCUGACUGUACUACUGUACUGUCGCAUGCUGUACUGGUAUCUGGAAUAAAUCUUGGUUAAAUGGCUGAAGAGAGUGAGGUUACAAGGCUAAGAUGUCGUGUGGUGGAACUAGAGAGAGAAUUGGCGGCUCUGAGUACGAGUACGAGUGGGCCUGGGGCCGAUGUAGUGAAGAGGUCUAAAAUCAACAAAAUGAGCUCUGAAGUUGUAGACUCAAAUCCUUACAGUCGUCUGAUGGCCCUGAAGAGGAUGGGUAUAGUGGAAAACUAUGAGAGGAUACGAGGGUUCACCGUGGCGAUAGUAGGAGUGGGCGGAGUCGGGAGUGUGACGGCCGAGAUGCUCACUAGGUGUGGCAUUGGGAAGCUCGUACUGUUUGAUUACGACAAAGUGGAGUUGGCGAAUAUGAACCGACUGUUCUUCAAACCCGACCAAUCAGGAUUGAGCAAAGUUGAUGCAGCUGUCGGCACACUCACAGAGAUCAAUCCUGACGUAACUUUCGAGGCACACAACUACAACAUCACAACGGUGGACAACUUCCAGCACUUCAUGGAAAGAAUCAGUAAAAGUCACCUGUCUGGUCGGAGUGAGCCUGUCGAUCUGGUACUGAGUUGUGUGGACAACUUCGAGGCUCGUAUGGCCAUCAAUCAGGCGUGUAACGAGCAGGGGCAGGUCUGGAUGGAGAGUGGGGUCAGCGAGAAUGCCGUAUCCGGGCACAUCCAGCUCAUCAGACCUGGGGAGACUGCUUGCUUUGCAUGUGCCCCUCCCCUUGUGGUGGCGUCUGGGAUUGACGAGAAGACUCUAAAAAGAGAAGGUGUGUGUGCCGCCUCACUGCCCACCACCAUGGCCGUCAUCGCUGGACUACUAGUGCAGAACACUCUCAAGUAUCUGCUCGGCUUUGGCAGUGUGUCUAACUAUGUAGGCUACAACGCUAUGACCGACUUCUUCCCUACUAUGACCAUGAAACCAAACCCACAAUGUGACAGCAAGCAUUGUGUGCAGAAACAGAGAGAGCAUGAGGAGUACUUGAGGGACCACCCCCCUCCCGAGCCAAAGCAGGAAGAGGCAGAGCCUGUCGUGGUGCACGAGUCGAAUGAAUGGGGGAUUUCUUUAGUGGAUGAAACGCCUGAGAAGCAGUCCAGUGACCAGACCAACCCACCAGGGAGCCAGGGUCUGGCUGAGGGGCUAGAGUUUGCUUAUACAGUGCCAACUCAGAACACAUCAAAGAAAGAUGAGGAGGUGGGGAAAACAGACGAUGUUAGUAUGGAAGAACUGAUGAAAGAACUGAAAAACCUUUAGGUAUAAUGCAAUAACAAUUUUCAGUCACAAUGUUUUUGUAUUCAUUAAUAAUUGUAAGAAAUGUUUCCAUAAUAAUAAUUAAUUAUGUCAAUCCA